AUAAUAUUUUGGAUGAGUUUAAAAAUAUUGUUUGCCAAAAUCACACAAUGUAACUACACUUGUCUUUUAUAUGUUGCCGUGACUUAAUCUUUUGAGGCAAUUGGUUUGCAUAAAUUUAAGUAAAUAUGACCUAUUUCCCUGCGCCACAUACUUAGCUAGCUAUUUGCUAGCUAAGUACAGUAUGUAAAAUCAAUUGGGCAGCACUUAUGUGGAUAAAUUCCCUUGUUGAUGUUAAAGAUCGGAAGAAAAGUGACAAACUGAUUUGACAUAAGAAUGUGACAGUAGCCCAUAUACAGUAUGUAGAAUAUGAUAAACACACAACACUUCAAACUUUGUAGCAGGUGAGCUACCACAGCAGAAGACCACAUCUGCUGUGGAAUUCAUACUGUAAUUCAUACAGGUUCACCAGAACUGGACAUUAAACAAAGUCUUGAUUUUUGCUGCAACCUUCGGUCAAAAUGUGAUGUAAACAACAAGAAAGAAUGAAUUCAGUGAGUCUUGUAUCAACAGAUCAGGAUGGUGGUUUUGGUAUAAUUUCUUGGCACACCCUAACCAUAUCGAAGCACUGGUGCUCAAAUUGUCCAUCUCUUUAUUUUAACAGCAACUCUGUCUUCUGAGGACUGCUUCCAGGAACAUACUGAACUCUGUCACAAAGCUCAAAUAAUCUCAAACUAGUUUCCAGUUUCCUGCAGCACAAUUACAAGACCCUAUCCCAACAGAGAACUUUUGUAAAGUUGUGGAACAAAUCCUUAUCACGGAUCGCCACAGAAAUCUGCAGUGACUGUGUGAUGGUGUCAUGUCAAUACUGACCAAAAUCUCAGAGCAAUGUUUCUGACACCUUGAGGAAUGUACUCCAUGAGGAAAUUAGGGGGCGAUGAAGGCAAACUGAAGUCCAACUCAUUACUAGUCAGGUGUUCCUAAUAAAUUGGCCUAUGAGUGUAAUAGUGACUUUUGCAUUAAAUGCUGUAAAAGUUGUGUAGACAAACCUAAAUCCUGAUGUAGAUUUGUGUUAUCUAUGAAGAUCCAGGCUGGGAUAAGAGGAUCACCACCACUCAGCCACAGCAGGACACUGGGAGAAUGGAGCGUAGCAGCUUUGUUUCCCCCCACAGAGUCUUUUACAACUUCACAAGAAAUUCAUAAUCAUCCAGCGUUGAAAAGAACAGCAGGGACAGAUGUGAAGGCACGCAUACUGAUGGACUAUAGGGGUAAUUUUAAAAGUGAGACAUGGCCGGAGGACACGCUGUGCUCUGAUCUCCAUCCUAGGUACCUCAGAGAUCCUAAGGACGCCCUGGAGGAGCAUUAACUUGUGAACCGCGCCAUCUAGCGGCUGUGCGAAUCACCUGCAGCGCACAGCAUCGGGUGGAGCCACAGGCGCCACCGACAGCUGGGUAUUUUUGUGUCCCUUUGGCGCAAACAGAGAUGAUUCUGGCUAAAUUACAAAGCAUUGGGAAGCAGCUCCUGAGGGUGAAGGUUGUGGACUGCAGCACAGACGAAACCCGGCUGGCCCGAUGCCUCAGCAUCUUUGACCUGGUGGCCCUGGGCGUUGGGAGCACAUUGGGUGCCGGUGUUUAUGUGCUCGCUGGUGCCGUUGCUCGUGAAAACGCUGGACCUUGCAUCGUCGUCUCAUUUCUCAUCGCUGCGCUAGCUUCCGUGCUAGCUGGUCUGUGCUAUGCCGAGUUUGGAGCCCGUGUCCCAAGAACCGGGUCAGCUUACCUCUACAGCUAUGUGACGGUGGGAGAACUGGGGGGUUAUAUCUCGGGCUGGAACCUCAUUCUCUCCUAUGUCAUUGGAACUUCAAGUGUGGCAAGGGCUUGGAGUGCCACCUUUGAUGAGCUCACCGGAAAGCACAUUGAAAAAUUUUGCAAUCAAUACAUGAAAAUGAAUAUACCAUGGCUGGCAGAAUAUCCAGACAUGUUUGCUGUCUUCAUCAUACUCUCUCUGACAGCGUUGCUUGGUUUUGGAGUCAAAGAAUCGGCCAUGGUGAAUAAAAUAUUCACUUGCAUCAAUGUGCUUGUUCUGCUGUUUGUGAUCAUCUCUGGACUGGUUAAAGGAGACCUAAAAAACUGGAAACUGGACCCUGCAAAGAUCCUCAAUGCCACUGGAAACGCCACCCAUAAUACCACAUUUCCCCACCCUAAAAAUGGAAGUCUUGGUGCAGGCGGCUUCAUGCCGUUCGGGUGGACAGGAGUCCUGUCUGGUGCUGCUACCUGUUUUUAUGCCUUUGUGGGGUUUGACUGCAUUGCCACUACAGGAGAGGAAGUGAAGAACCCCCAGAGGGCCAUUCCCAUUGGCAUCGUGGCCUCUCUCCUCAUCUGUUUUGUGGCUUACUUCGGAGUUUCGGCGGCUCUCACUGUUAUGAUGCCGUACUACCUGCUGGACAAGAACAGCCCUCUUCCAGUGGCCUUUCAGUAUGUAGGCUGGGAGGGAGCCACUUAUGCAGUAGCCAUUGGCUCUUUAUGUGCUCUGUCGACCAGCUUGCUGGGCUCCAUGUUCCCAAUGCCAAGAGUGAUCUGGGCCAUGGCGGAGGAUGGCCUGCUCUUCAAAUGUUUGGCUAAAAUCAGCACGCGAACCAAAACCCCGCUAUCAGCUACAGUAACCUCCGGCAUAGUCGCAGCUAUGAUGGCUUUCCUGUUUGAGCUAAAGGACCUGGUGGACCUCAUGUCUAUUGGCACUUUGAUGGCCUAUACUCUGGUUGCUGCCUGUGUGUUGAUACUCAGGUACCAGCCUGAGCAGCUGAGUACGGCCUAUGAGAUGGCCAACACCCAGGAUGAGCCGGAGUCUUACAGCGAAGGGAACUCUGAUGUCUUUCCUCAACCAGAAGAUACGGUCAGCAUCAAGAAUCUCCUGUCCCCGUCCAACCCUGAACCCUCUCCUUUGUCUGGUCGUACAGUCAACAUCUGCACCAGCAUACUUGUUGUUCUGAUGUGUGUCUUCAGUGCUGUUGCUGCUCAACAAAUUCUGGCCCCCUGGGCAGUGAUUCUGAUGAGUGUUACCAUGGCGGCUAUUGUACUUCUCACCUUUGUUAUAUUCAGGCAGCCUCAGAGCAAAGCCAAGCUGGCCUUUAAGGUUCCCUUGUUGCCCUUCAUUCCCAUCAUCAGCAUGUUUGUCAAUAUCUACCUGAUGAUGCAGCUCAAUAAAGGAACCUGGCUGCUCUUUACCAUUUGGAUGUUGAUAGGUAUCUUUAUCUACUUUCUCUAUGGCUUUUGGAACAGUGCAGAGGCGACCAGGUCUGAUGCCUGCUCAAUAAAAGGAGAGCCAAUGACCAGAGAGAAGGAGUCCUUGAACACACCAAACUGCACUCGGGACGGAGAGGCUGAUGAGGAAAUGAGUGCUUACACACGUUGAUAUUUUCUGAAACAGCUGCACAGAAAACGCUACAGAUCCAUGCAUGCAUGCAUCCUUGAAUGUCUGUCUUUAAAGUUCGCCAUCUCUGAACUGACAACUUGCCAAAACAACAAACACAUUUUCAGUGGUAUAUUUGUUGUGCAGAAUUAGCUGUGGCUCACAGACUCAGAGCCUAAUGUUUUAAUAUCUGUUGCUUACUGUGAAUUACAGAGAUUAUCGACAGAGCUGACAAUCACCCACUCUGCCAUUCUGCCACAACACCUAACACAUAUAUUAAGUGUUAGGUGCAUUGAAAAAAAUAUAUUCAUGUUACUGAAAAAAUAGUUGCUUCAUACAUUAAUUUUACAUCUCAAAGAAAUGCAUUAUGCUGCUUUCGAUGAGCUGCUCAAAUUAGAGCAAUACGCAUUGCUCUAAUCGCAAAUUAGAGCAAUGUGUCAACGUAUUGCAAAUUAGCCGAUCAAUGACACAAGUUUGUUGGGUGUAAAGAUGAGUGUUGUUUUUUUGAGGGGAAAUUUCACGUUUUAUCUGAAACCUGCAAAGCUGCUAAUAUGGAGUUUUUAUCAGAUACUUGAGAGGGAUUAUUUUAAGUGUCUUUUUCCCAAAGAGAUGUCACAACUUUAAAGGUGAGAUUCUUUAAACAUUUGAUACUUGUUAGGAGAUGACAAUGCAGUUUAUUGUCUGUAUAUAAAGUAUGCUCUGGAGUAUGAAAAUCCGGUUUUUAGGAAAAUAGAACAUUUUAUUUUUGGACCAUUUUUACAUUUUUGUGCAUAUGCAUUUAAACAGGAAGAACAGUUUUAUUGUGGUCAAGUUUUGUUGGAGUGGUCAAAACUCGUUUAAUUUGCUCUUCUCAAACUUACUGUAUCAACUGCAACAGGUGUCUCUUUAAAAAAUUUCGUCCCAAGUACAGGGCCGAACCAUUCGAGCCAUUUGCCCAGCAAUCAAUGCUGAACUUAUGCUUCAAAAUUUAGUAGCUUUAAAGUUUCUGAUUAUGUUUCAUCAGUAAUACGUGGUUAGCAUUACCACUGUGACUGUGUUGCAUUUAACUCACUCACCAGUGAUAUUCCAGACAUUGUAUUAUCAUUUCUUCACAAGAGCAGCCAAUAUUUUGACCUUUCAGGUAUUCUGCAGGUCAGUCUUACAUGUCUAGAGAUAUGUCUUACAGCCACAAUCUUUGGUAAACUUACAUAUUUCUCCUGUUAACUGUGCUUUCAUGUGGAACAUGCUAGGCUAAUGCCGAUUCAGUUAUGAUGUGACUUGUUGAUAAUUUGGGCAAAUAUCUGAUUGAUUUUAGAAGAAACUUGCAUUCAAAGGUUUAUUCUCCUGUUUUAUAAACUUAGUACUCUGCUUUGAUCAUCAUAAAAUUUAAUGAUCUAUGUUUCAACUGCAUUCUUGUCUCCCCCAUCAACAGUUGUUGUUCAGCAUAUAGAACUAGUGAUAUGAUAGACACACUCAAAGCUACAACAGCCAAAAGAGUCUCUUGUCUCUUUUGUGGUGAUCUUCAUUGCAAAUUAUUUUUAACACUUUUAUUCUUUGUGAAUAUUCAGAUUGUUAGAUCAACAAAAUAAUCUGGAACAAUUUUGCAAUUUCAUCUCCUCUACUUUUAAAAAACUCAGUUUCCUGGGAGGUUGGCUAACAUAAAAUCACCGUCUUUACACAAUUAAUGGAUAUAAAGAGUGAAGCUUACCAAUAGAUGCCUACACCGAUCAUGUAAAUGUCUUGCUCUGGACCCUCUUCAAAUGCUUGGGAUUGUACUAGGGCAUGCCUAAUUUGGACAUAACCGAAGCAGGACUGUGCUAUGUAUGAUACAAUUUACUGAUGAUGACAGUGAAAGCUACUGUGACUGUGUGAAGACCCACCAGGCAGCUCAAACGUGAAUGUUACAUGUCAAAAUGGCAACUAGGUGAAAUGUGUGCAUUAGAAAAUUUCCAUUUUAAAUUUCUACCAUGGAUUUACCUAUAAACUUGAAUAUGAAUAGCAUCAAUAUUGGGUUCUACUUAUCUUCCGUUAACUUGUCUGCUGGACUUGAAUUCAAUUCUGGUAAAUUAAAUGGUUCCAUGUCAGGACACUGCUCUAUUUAUUAACAGAUCUUUGUGUUGAUCUUUGUCACAGUGUCAGUGUGCUGGCUUUCAUGUAAGAUAACCAACAAUGUACAUAAAAUGUAACUACGCUCAGAUUUUGUUGAUUGUGUGAUUGUGCGUCAUAGAGUUGUUUUAAUCCAUGUUGUAAAUACCAAUAACAAUAUAAAGGAAUAUGCCAAAUUUACUCAAGUUUGGUUGGCUUGUAAAGGUUUUUUUCACCUUCGAACUGAAGCAUUUACCAUGCAGACUAUGGUACAGUGUUCAAAUGCUAUGUGACAAAUGGACAGUUUGCUGGUUGCUCGUUUAUACACAUUAACCUACAUUUUUUGUAGUAUUUUGGUAAAUAUCUACAGUAUAUUCUGGUAGUAUUUGUUUUCUGUGUCCAUCAUCUGUUUAUGGAUUUAUUUGGUUCUGUAAAUAAAUGAUGGUGAAUGUUAAAACCUAAA